AUUCAUUGCCAUUGGAGUGUCAUCGUAAAUUCCUCAAAUAUGCAUCUCUUUUUGUUGCAUGAUAAAGGUAGUGAAGCACCUGGAGGGCGAUCAUGUGUUGGUGGUGUGCUAGCUGGUUUUUUUAAUCAUGUGGAGCUCAUAAAUCAAUCUCAUGGAAAAGAUUAUAAAACACUCCGACCGCAAUCAAACCUGUUAUGCUUUUAUUGGAGUCUCCGGAAGAGAGAAUUCUGUCAUAAAAUCAAAGUCAUGAUUCAGCCCCUUGCUAUGGAUUCACUCCACCUACAUAGGUAUUUUAUUACAAUUGAAAUCGUUAUUUUUCAUUACUAUUUAUUUCUUUCACAAUUAUUUAAUCUGAAAUCAAUGACCUUCCAUUGCUCAUCUUGAUGACUUCGUUUCAAAGAAUAUAUUUUCAACUGUUUAAAUUAAGUCAGCCAUUUUAGACCACACGAGCUUAUUUUACUUUGUUAUCCAGCAACAAUUUUACAUUUCUACAUUCUAUGUCUUUUCUAAAGUUUUAAUUUAUACUUUUAUUAAUAUGGGUUGCUCUGGCAUCCUUAAUAUAGUUCCCAUACUCUUGCUAUGUUAACAAAUUCUUGCUAUGUUUUCUUAAUUAUUUUGCCAUCCCCAUUGUUGAUGUCACCGCAAUUAGUACAAUCAUUGAACAACUCUUUUCCAUUUCGUUUGUUUUUAAACAAUGCAAUAGUGUACCUGCAUGAUUGAAUGGUUG